AGCCAGCCAGCCAGCCAGCCAGCCGCCUGACGACCGGCCUAGCCGUACCAACGCCUUCACACGGUGCCCAACCAAGCCGCCAGGCAGGGAGGGACCCCCCCAAAAGAAGCCACUUCAAACAAGCCCCCAAGACGACCGAGUCCUGCCUGGUACGGAGUAAUCACUGACUGGCGGCCUGACCUUGGAUUGGAGACUGCAGCCAGAGUCGGCCACCACACACUCUUCUAUCCUGGAUCUCCAUUCUGCGCCAUCUAGCCCUGCCUGCGUCUGCAGCAAUCUGCACGUCCAGUCCCCGGUACGCUCCAUCCUAGACUGGAGCCCUUCUACCUCGCGCGCACCAUUCACAGACUUUAGUCAGUAGUUCCCGGCCUAGGCCAGGGUAGGUCGCAAUUGUUCUCCUUCUCACCAUGUCAAUAAACUGGGUGAUGCUUAACCAGAGCGGGUUCGUCAAGCUCGGAAACGAACGCGUCCUGCUCAAGCUUGACUCCCGCAUAUCAUGCGAGCUCUCCGUCCCCUCCAGCCUCAAGGCGCGGUGCGAGGCUUUCCACAGGAAGAGCGAUCGGGGGACCCUAUUCCUCACAAAUAAGAGAAUUGUGUACCUGCCCGCCAAAGUGACCGGCGAGCCCAAGUUCGAGUCAUUCAGCGCGCCCAUACUCAAGUUUCAGGAUGCCACAACGUCCUCGUCCAUGUGGUGGGGGUGGAUGUGGAAGUCAGACUGCGUGCCCGUCUCGGGGGGAGGCAUCCCGCCCGAUAUUCCUCGGAUCGAGGUCAAAUUCACAUUCUCAGAUGGCGGGAUGAACGACUUCAACCUCGCGUACGAGCGCCUACGCGAACGGAUCUACCAGUAUCAGGAGAUGCGCCGAGAGAUGGGCCCGGACGCAGACAUCCCCGACGAGCCUCUUCCCGCCUAUGAAGCUCCCGGAUCAGCGCCGCCCGAGGCAGCUCGGCCGUCAGCGCAGUCGAGGCCAGCUCCGGCACCCGUAUCUGCGCCCGCCGCCAAUUACGCUGCACCGGCAGCUCGCGAGCAACGGUCUGAUAGCUCGGCCAGCCGCAGGCCGGACGGGCCUCCCCCGGAUUACGAGGAGGCACAGGCGCAGCAGCUGAGCAACCGACUGGAAGACCACAUUCGGGACGAAGUGAACCGGGGCGAUGGGAGUUGAGAUGUUUGAGACAAGCUGUUCCAAGGGAUGCUUGCUCUCUCAUGAGAAAUGACUUCCUCCAUCAAUUGGCGUUUACAGGUUGUUUUUGCAAUGGGCUAGGCGCAUGGAGCAUUACUCAGGCGCUGACUAUGAGUGUUUCGGGGCCAUAGGGGAUCAUAAUUUUGUGCGGAACAUUGUUGCUAUACUUCCUUUUCGCAUUACUUCAAAUAGAUGGGAGAUAAACAAAUGCGUUCCUUUCCGAGCAACUCAGCUGCCAUGAUGAGAUGUCACGUGACGGAGUCAUGAUCAUGUCUCCCUGUGGUGGGACCAAUCAAAAUGCCUCAAUUCCAGAUCAGUUU